ACAAUGUUAUUUUGGAUUUAGGGAUUAGGGUUUCGAUUUAGGGGUUAGGAUUAAGGUUUAUUAUGUACAUUUUUAUUUGGCUCCGAAAGUUCUUAAAUCGCAAAAAACAUUUAAAAUAUAUGUUGUAAUAUUUAAUUAUGUAUAUUUGUAUUUUCAAAUUUAUUUUCAAAUUUAUUUUCAAAUUUAUUUGCAAAUUUAACGACUGAUUACCUACUUAUUACCGACUAUUAAGCCAAAAAUUUGGUUUUGCCUCCCAAAAAUUAUUGAACCGCGAAAAUAUUUGGUUACAAUUUGAUAUUGAAUUUCAAUUUAAUUUUGAUUUUAAAAAAUAGUGACUGAAUUCCGACUGAUUGGCGACUGAUGAUCUAAACCGGGAAAACCCAAAAUUUUUAGACUUAGCCCGCGUUAACAAAGCCCAAAAUUUUAUUUCAUCUCUUCUAACCCUAAUCUCACUUUCAAUCUCGAGCCACUCUCUCGACGGCCACUCUCUCCCACCGGUCUCGAUCUCCAUCUCUCCCACCGAGCUCGAUCUCGAUCUCUCCCACCGGUCACAAUCUCGAUCUCUCCCGCCGAUCCCGAUCUCUCCAGCAUCUGUCUCCGAAGAUGGGUGGAAAGAGGAAGCGAAAUACCGUCAAACCCAACUCCUCUCGGGUUACACAACGCCCAGCUACUUUACCAGCUCAGUAUGACUUCGUACCGAGGGAUCCAUCUCCGUCGAUCCCACCCGUUCUCCCUAAGAACAAACCUCUCCCUAAGAACAAUCCUCUCCCAUCUGUUCGCGAUUAUCCUCCUCCGAGAAAGCUGUUUCCGGAAACGAACUUCCCACCUUCUCAAUCAGCUCCGUCGCCUCUCACUCCAGCUGCUGCGACGUCUCAACCUCAACAGCGACAAACUCACUCGACUGAACGUAUGAACACACUUCCUCCAAGUCAACCGGCUCCAGUUCGAGCAUCUCAAUCGCCUCACAGUUCUGAAGCACAAAAUUCUCCUUUUCCAGAAGAGGAGGACGAGGAGGAUAUGUCCGAUGUAGAGGCUCCGGUUCAACCUAAUCUCGCCUCUGACCAUAUGGAUCUUUUGAACUCCCUCCUAAACCAGCCAGGUCGAGCGAAGAACACAAUUGUCCUGUCUCGCAACCUUGAGCCUGGAACCACAUGGUUUGGGUAUGACAAGUCGAGCUUGUCUAGGAAGAUUACCAAGAUUUUAAAGAACAAGUUUAAUAAGCCUUUCUACAGCUGGACUCGUGUGCCUAGAGACAGACAAGAACGCUACUUUCUGGAAUUUGCCAAAACUCACACAUGGGAUCCAUCAUUGACUGGUGUUGUGCAAGAACAUUUCGAGGCCAUUGCUCUUCUACGAAUGAAAGACAUGGUCAGCGAAGUAAGGACAUCUCGGCAGCAGCCUAAUUGGAUAGGCGACACACUCUGGAAACUAAUGACCGACUAUUGGGACACUGACGCUGCGGUUGCAAAGAGUGCUACAGCAUCAGCAUCUAGAAUGUCUGACCGUCAAGGUCUUGGCUUUCACACACAUAACUCUGGCCAGAAGUCUUAUAUGCAGCUCCACCAAGAGAUGGUUGUUGAAUUGGGAAGACCAGUGAGCUUUGGUGAAGUAUUCAUCAGAGCUCAUACAAAGUCAGAUGGAACCUUUAGUGAUUUCAAAGCUAAACAGGUUAUUGAGGCUUUCAAGAAGCAAAAAGAAGCUAAGUUGGCCACCCUUGAGACUGAUGAUCACACCGAGACUGGGCAGCAUCCACCACUAUCAAUAGAAGAGGAGAAUGAGCUUUUUAUUCAGGUUGGGUUUCUUACUCAACAUUUUCUUUUUUUUGCAUUCAUAAUAGUCUCUCACUUGUUAUUGAUAUAGUCUUGCUUGUUAUUGCUUGUUAUAGGCCACUUUCACCAAUGACAGGGGGCAAAUUUAUGGCCUUGGAAGCUUGAAGAACCAACUUAAUGAAGUGGCAUAUGACCCAAGAAGCUUGUCCUCUUUCAUCCAAAUGCAACAGCAACUUGAAGAAGCUCAACGUCAAAUCAAAGAACAAGCUGCUCUUCUUGCAAAGGCUGAGGAAGAUCGUGCCCAAGCUGCUGCUGCUGCGGCAAUGGUUGAGGAAGAGCGUUCCAGAGUUAUAGCUACUCAGCAAGCUACGAUCGAUGAGUUGUUAAUGGUUCGGAAGUACAUCGCCACCACAGACCAGAGAUUCUUGGACUUCAUCUCCAAAGAAACAGCUUCAUCUGAUCCCCAUCAUGUUUAGGUCUUUCCCUUCUCCUAUGUGAAAAUCUACCUUUUGGAUGUGUGAAACUUGUAAACUCUUUGGAGUUGUUUCUGUUUGAAACUUGAAUACUCCUAAGUUAAGGAGUUCUUUUGUUUGUGUAUGGUACAUGUAUUUAAAACUUUUAUGAUUUCAAAAUCGUUUUUAGUAGUACUAAUAGCAGAUUUAAAUAACAAAUCAUGGACAAGAAAAACAAUACACCAAAAUCAUAUAUUUAACAGCCAAAAAAAUAUGGUAAUUAGUCGCAUAUCAGUCGCGAAAUCAGUCAUAAAUUUUAAGCAUUUCAGUCGCUAAUCAGUCGUGAUUCGGUAGCAGUAAUAUACCGACUGUUUUCCUACAGAGAUAGUUAGUCACUAACUCAGUCGUGUAAUCAGUCGCUAAAUGCAGUCGUUAAACUCAGUCGUUAAAUUCAGUCGCUAAACGCAGUCGUUAAAUUCAGUCACUAAGCCGUCGUAGAAUAGUCACUAAAUAAGUCGUAAAUCAGUCGCCAAAUGCCCUACUAAUUACCGACUGAAGUUACGACUGAUCAUAAUAGUCGUCAAACAGUCGCUAAAUACCGACUGUUUUACGACUAAAAUAUUUAGCGACGAGGUAUAUUACGACGACUCUUAUCAGUCGUUAAUCAGUCGGAAAUGACCAUUUACCGACUGAAUACCGACUAAUACCGUAGUCGGAAACGACCUGUUUUCUUGUAGUGAAACCCUAAUUCUCCAUCACCCGUUAACACCAUGGUAGGCCACUAUCCUACCAUCAAAAGUUGAUAGGGCAGAAAUUUGAAUGAUUCGUCGCCAGCACUAAGGCCAUGCGAUCCGUCAAGUUAUCAUGAAUCAUCAUAGCAACGGGCAGAGCCCGCGUCGACCUUU